GUGUUGCUGACAUCCUCGGUCCAGUGUUCCAGCCACAGUUUCCACACCUUCCCACGGAGCAGUGCUCUUCCCUCUGAGCAGCCCUGCAAGUUCUUGCAGAUACAGCGCUAGGAAAAGGGGAGUAAUUCAGGUCUAGGAUGGAAAAACUGUUUUGUUGCUUUCCCAGCAGCAUGGUGGUAGAGCACCCUGAAUUCCUCAAGGCAGGGAAAGUGCCAGGCCUGCAGAUCUGGCGCGUGGAAAAGUUUGACCUGGUGCCUGUGCCCCCCAACCUCUAUGGAGACUUCUUCACGGGCGAUGCCUAUGUCAUCCUGAAGACAGUGCAGCUGAGGAACGGGAACCUGCAGUAUGACCUCCACUACUGGCUGGGCAACGAGUGCAGCCAAGAUGAGAGCGGGGCGGCCGCCAUCUUUACCGUGCAGCUGGAUGACUACUUGCAUGGUCGGGCCGUGCAGCACCGAGAGGUCCAGGGCUUCGAGUCUUCUACCUUCCUGGGCUACUUCAAGUCUGGACUGAAGUACAAGAAAGGAGGUGUGGCAUCCGGAUUUAAGCAUGUGGUACCCAAUGAGGUGGUGGUGCAGAGGCUCUUCCAGGUCAAAGGGCGCCGUGUAGUCCGUGCCACCGAGGUGCCUGUGUCCUGGGACAGCUUCAACAAUGGCGACUGCUUCAUUCUGGAUCUGGGCAACAACAUCUACCAGUGGUGUGGCUCCAAAAGCAAUCGGUUUGAAAGGCUGAAGGCCACACAAGUGUCCAAGGGCAUCCGGGACAAUGAACGGAGUGGCCGGGCCCAAGUGCACGUGUCUGAGGAAGGUUCCGAGCCUGAAGGAAUGCUCCAGGUGCUGGGACCCAUGCCAGCUCUGCCUGCAGGCACUGAGGACACCGCCAAGGAAGAUGCAGCCAACCGCAAGUUGGCCAAGCUCUAUAAGGUCUCCAAUGGCGCAGGCACUAUGUCAGUGUCCCUCGUGGCUGCCGAGAACCCCUUCACCCAGGGCACCCUGAAGUCAGAGGACUGCUUUAUCCUGGACCAUGGCAGGGAUGGGAAAAUCUUCGUCUGGAAAGGCAAGCUGGCCAACACAGAGGAGCGGAAGGCUGCCCUCAAAACAGCCUCUGACUUCAUCUCCAAGAUGGACUACCCCAAGCAGACCCAGGUUUCUGUCCUCCCAGAGGGUGGCGAGACACCACUGUUCAAGCAGUUCUUCAAGAACUGGCGGGAUCCAGACCAGACAGAUGGCCUGGGUCUGUCCUACCUCUCCAGCCACAUCGCCAAUGUGGAGCGCGUGCCCUUCGACGCUGCCACGCUACACACCUCCACUGCCAUGGCCGCCCAGCAUGGCAUGGAUGACGACGGCACAGGCCAGAAACAGAUAUGGAGAAUUGAAGGCUCCAACAAAGUGCCUGUGGACCCUUCCACCUAUGGACAGUUCUAUGGGGGCGACAGCUACAUCAUUCUAUACAACUACCGCCACGGUGGCCGCCAGGGACAGAUAAUCUACAACUGGCAGGGUGCCCAGUCUACCCAGGAUGAGGUCGCUGCAUCUGCCAUUCUGACUGCCCAGCUGGAUGAGGAGCUGGGGGGGACUCCUGUCCAGAGCCGUGUGGUCCAAGGCAAGGAGCCUGCCCAUCUCAUGAGCCUGUUUGGCGGGAAGCCCAUGAUCAUCUAUAAGGGUGGCACCUCCCGUGAGGGUGGGCAAACAGCCCCUGCCAGUACCCGCCUCUUCCAGGUCCGGGCCAGCAGCUCUGGAGCCACUCGGGCUGUCGAGGUGAUCCCAAAGGCUGGAACCCUGAACUCCAACGAUGUCUUUGUGCUGAAAACCCCUUCAGCUGCCUACCUGUGGGUGGGUACAGGAGCCAGUGAGCCAGAGAAGACCGGGGCCCAGGAGCUGCUGAAGGUGCUGCGGGCCCAGCCUGUGCAGGUGGCAGAAGGCAGUGAGCCAGACAGCUUCUGGGAAGCCUUGGGCGGGAAGGCCGCCUACCGCACAUCCCCGAGGCUCAAGGACAAGAAGAUGGAUGCCCAUCCUCCUCGCCUAUUCGCCUGCUCCAACAAGAUCGGACGCUUUGUGAUUGAAGAGGUUCCCGGUGAGCUCAUGCAGGAAGACCUGGCUACUGACGACGUCAUGCUCCUGGACACCUGGGACCAGGUCUUUGUCUGGGUUGGAAAGGAUUCUCUGGAAGAGGAAAAGACAGAAGCCUUGACCUCUGCUAAGCGGUACAUCGAGACGGACCCCGCAAAUCGGGACAGGCGGACCCCCAUCACGGUUGUGAAGCAGGGCCACGAGCCGCCUUCCUUCGUGGGCUGGUUCCUCGGCUGGGACGACAACUACUGGUCAGUGGACCCCUUGGACCGGGCCCUGGCUGAGCUGGCUGCCUGAACAAGGGCCAGGCCCAAUGUCAUCCACCGGUGCCUUUGAGAACUGUCCAUCUCCCAAAAAGACCCAAUGGCAAACAGGGCAGGUCUGUCGUGUGUGCAUGUGUAUGUACACGUGUAUGUGCAUGCAUGCGUAGCUAAAACGAGCCCUGCAAAAUUUCGGGCCUUCGCAAAAUUGUCUCAGAUAUCUUUGGAAAUAAAAGCUUUUUGAAGUGUGUUA